GUUAUCUGAAUUCCAUUGCUGCUAUGUCUGUCACCCGCCUACCUAAGACUCAGUUCUGUUUUUAAUAACCUUUAGAUGAGCUUGCUGCCCCAUUUCUGCUUGGAACACUUUUGCAAGUGGAGUCGGAGGAGCAGACCAUGAUUGUAUAUUACCUGUAUUUCAUCACGUUGGGACUAAUAGGCGUUGGAAAGCAAAUGCUGGCUGUGGGCCUGCAUGUUCAUCAGAGCUCUGGGCAUUCCACAUAUGAGAUUGUAAUCCCUCAAAGAUUGUCAGAGAGGGAGGAGCGAUGGACACAUUCUUAUGAGAAACAUUUAGAUAAUCAACUGUCCUACCUGAUUAAGACUGGAAAUAGAACACAUAUUCUGAAAUUAAAGAAAAAUACAAACCUUAUUGGUGAACAUUUCAUUAUACAUACCUACAGCAAAGAUGGUACAUUAAAGACCACUCCUUUUGAAACUAAGACCCACUGUUAUUAUCAUGGAGUAGUUGAAGGCAUUGCAGACUCUCAGCUUGCUCUCAGUACUUGUGAUGGCAUUAGGGGAAUUGUCCAUAUUAACGGGAGACGUUAUGGCAUCGAACCAAUCAAUGGAUCAAAUCAAUUUGAACACUUUUUCUAUGUAUUAGAAAAUUCUAACCAACAGACCUUUGUAUGUGGUGUGCCAGAUGGUGACUUGUUCCAUGAGCAGAGCAUGGACAUUUUUUCCAGAUACUCAACUAUAAACUAUAGUCACUUCAGUAAGGGUACACUUCUGAGGAAAAGGCGAGCUGUCCUUCCAGAGAAAAGAUAUGUUGAACUAUACAUGGUUGUUGAUAAAAACAGGUAUGUGAUGAAACAAUCUGAUGAGGAAGCUGUACAAAAGGAAACCAUUGAACUGGCUAAUUAUGUGGAUAGGAUGUUCCAUCCUUUAAACAUACAGAUUGUCCUGGUUGGGCUGGAAAUAUGGACAGACAGCAACCGCAUUGAUGUGGAUAGUGGCUCAGCUGGAGAUGUGCUGGGAAGAUUUGUAACUUGGAGGCAGAAAAAUCUCAUGAAGAGAUCAAGAAAUGAUGUUAGCCACCUCAUCAUAGGCAGAGGGCCAUUUGGUGGCACUGUUGGAAUGGCUUUUAUUGGGACAGUCUGUAGUCCAGAUCAUGGAGGAUCAUUCAGUGCUUUUUCGCACCACAGUGUGAUAAAUCAAGCUAGCAUUGUUGCACAUGAGUUGGGACAUAACCUGGGUAUGAAUCAUGAUGACUCUAGCUGUCCAGGUUCCUACAUUAUGCACAGUACAGAUAAUGGGUCAAAGAACUUUAGCAGCUGCAGCUCCAACGAUUUUGAGAAUCUCAUAUUGCGAGGUGGAGGAACUUGUCUUAGAAAUGCUCCAAGUAAUAUCUACACAGAACCUGUCUGUGGCAAUAAUAUUGUGGAUAAGAAUGAAGAAUGUGACUGUGGCACUCCAAAGGAGUGUUCCAACCCUUGUUGUGAUGCUGCCACUUGCAAACUAAAAGCUGGAUCAGAGUGUGCCGAGGGUCUUUGCUGUGAAAAGUGUCAGUUUAAAGUAGCAGGAAUGGAGUGCAGGCCAAAGAGGAGUGGUUGUGAUCUCCCUGAAUAUUGCAAUGGGACGUAUCCUGACUGCCCAGAAGAUGUAUACGUUAUGGAUGGCUACCCAUGUAACAACAUGAAAGAGUACUGUUAUGGAGGAGUUUGUCAGAAUUACGAUUCGCAGUGUGAAACCCUUUUUGGAAAAGGAGCGAAAAAAGGACCAAAUAUUUGUUUUGAUGCUGCAAAUAACAAAGGAGAUAGAUUUGGCAAUUGUGGCAUGUCGGGGGGACGUUUUGUUAAAUGUGCCCAAGCCAACAGUCUGUGUGGCAAGAUUCACUGUACCUCGGUGAAUCAGCAGAAUCUUCCCUCCCAGGUAUACAUCCAGAAUCAUGAUGGUGUUUCCUGUGUGACUACAGAUUUUGACCUCGGGUCAGAUGUUCCUGAUCCAGCUCUGGUUCAAAAAGGCACUGCCUGUGCAGAAGGGAAGGCCUGUGUUGAUUUCACAUGUGUAAAUGCAAGCCUUCUGGGCUACAACUGUGACGUAAAGAACAAAUGCAAUGACCGUGCAGUGUGUAACAAUAAAGGCAAUUGCCAUUGUAAUCCUGGAUGGGCACCUCCUUUCUGUGACAAAUCUGGUUAUGGUGGCAGCAUAGACAGUGGUCCAACUCAUAUAGAUACAUCACUUCGUGAUGGCCUCCUGGUGUUUUUUCUACUUAUUCUCCCUUUGCUGAUUCUAGUUGUGAUCGCAGUUGUCAAGAGGGAUGCAAUUAAAAGACGUCUCUGCAGAGACUGUAGAAGACGCCGCAGGGCUAAAAAUGCACGGCAAGCAAGACAAAAUAACACUCCAAGUGAACCUGUAAAUAAUAGGCAGCCAGCGACAUCAAACUCUGAAGUCUUUACGAUAUCUCACUUCCCUGCUCCAAGGCCACCACUACGAAGUCAGCCUGGGCAGCCUCCUCAAAGACCCCCUUUACGGCCCCCAAUCCCAUCAAGACCUGUUUAUGCAAGUGUCUCCUGAGGAAUUAUCAAGCAUUUUGAUUGCUAUCUUGAACAUGCAAGGAAAGGGGAUGUGGCAAUGCUCAGUCAAUUAAAUGUUUUUGAAAGUAUUAUAUUUUUUUACCAAUACAUAGAUAAAGACCUCACUGUAAUUACUAAAAGACUGAUACAGUUGCAAGAUAAGACUGCCUUGAUGAUUAAAGUACAGGGUGCUGUUUAUGUUAUACUUGAUACACAUAGGUGAGACCUUUCUCAACACAUAGCUAAACAGAUGUAUCACUGAACUGUAUCUGUCUUUAAACUGUAAGAUGAUUGGGACGUGUAUCUCAGGGGAUAUUUGCAGUGGGAUUUCAGCAUGUGAGGAGGGAUAUGUAAGCCUUUCCUCCCUAACUAUGAUUUUGGUGA